GCCUUCGAUCAGGUGCAUGCCCCCCUUGAAAUGUUUGUGCACCUCAGAUGCACCCUCGUAACCCUAGUUGCGCCACUGGACCGAGGUAACGACUUAUGCGGACUGGACUACUUGAGAAUCUUUCGGGAAAACUUUUUUACAGGACACAAAACUUUUAACACACGCGGAUCUCGAAUUACUGAUAUAGACAGCAAUAUAAAUUUAGUACACGUGUUCGCCUGCAUUUUUCAAGUUUAGUGAAAAGUUCGAAAUUUACUCCAAAAAUUGCGGAAGCUCAGUUAAUGUGUUUCGAAACUUUUGUCAACGCGCUAGGUCAAAAGCUGUCCGAAUACGAUGUCAGUGUGCAAAUGAUGGUUCGCAUACUGACUCUCGAUUUCAGGGUGAACGGAUGAUGUAAUCUAUGUUUGUUUUCGGAUCAUACGGCUUAUUUGCUCCAGUGAUAAUAAAAGAAGCUCAAUGGUCAGUCUGUCAUUGUGCCAUUCUAUCCAUCGUGCGAUGUUACACAAUUGUCAUUCGGUGCAAUAGCUCAGCGUGGUGGCGUACAGGGUUUUGUGGAGGUCUGGACAAGCUUGAGAUCCACUGGAGAUCACAAUGGCAGAUGAACUCAAAGGAAAGAUACUAACAGUUCUCGGUCCUAUUGACCCAGUGGAUUUAGGCUACACCCUCAGCCAUGAACACCUGUACGCAGAUUUCACCUGUUACUACGAGGAGCCGACCUGCGACAAGGCCCGGGCCAAAUGUAAAUGGCCCAUCACAAUGGAUAACCUGUACUGGUUGCGCCAAAAUCCCUACAGCUUUCGGAACAGCUGUCUGCUGAUGAACGAAGACAGCGCCCUCAUCGACGAGCUGCUGUACCUGAAGGAGAACGGUUGCCAGUCUGUUGUCGAGCAGACGAUCUACGGGCUGGAUCGCAACGUGGGCAAACUGGUCGACUUCUCCAAAGCAUCGGGGGUGAACAUCAUCGCUGGAACAGGGUACUACUAUGCAAGCACGCAUCCAACAGAAGUCAACGGGAUGACCCAGGAAGAGGUUGAGAGGCUGUUGACCUCUGACAUCUUGGAAGGAGCUGAUGGUAGCGCAGGACGCUGUGGACUCAUCGGGGAGAUUGGCUGUUCAUGGCCAAUGACAGCUAACGAGAGGAAGAUUCUUCGCGCCACGGCCAGCGUGCAGUCUCAGCUGGGCUGCCCGGUCUCCAUCCACCCAGGCGCGGAUGCCAGGUCCCCCGAGGAAGCAGUCAGAGUCUUGCAGGAGGCUGGGGCGCAGGUGGACAAGAUCGUCAUGUGUCAUCUGGACACAUCUUUCUUCGCCCAAGAGUCUCUGCUUGAGUUUGCCGAGCUGGGCACCCUCCUGGAGUUUGAUUUCUUCGGCACAGAAGUGGCGCACUGCCAGUACAACCCGGAGAUCGACUCCAUGAACGACGGACAAAGAAUCCAGAUGAUCAAAUGUCUUGUGGAGGAAGGGCUGGAAGACAGAGUGGUCAUAUCUCACGACUUCCACGGAAGACAUCAAAUGAUGAAGUACGGUGGCCACGGUCUGUCUCAUAUAAGCCUCCAUGUCCUGCCCAAGAUGCGGGCCAGAGGUCUGUCCCAAGACGUCAUCGAUAAAUUCAUGAAGACCAACCCCCAGAGAUGGUUGACGUUCAACUGAGCCCACCAGCAAGUC